UAGAUGUUUUAUUGAUUCACUAGUAAAGACUGCAUUAGAAUUAUCAUUAACAUUUUGAAAAUGUUCGUACAUUUUGUUGUUGGUUUACUGGUUGUGACACAACAUAUGUGUAUUCCUCAACACCAUGCUGUAUGCCAGAUAAAUUUGAAUCACACGAGUAUGUAGAAGGACGUAUCAUCAACAUGGCAAAGUCAACUUAUUUACAAACGGCAAAUAUGAAUAUAUCGUUUGAUUUUACGAGCAAGAAAACAGUGACGUUUAUGUAUAACAUAAAGGCAGACGGAAAAGUUGUACCGCCAUUGUCUAAACUUGUCGAUUAUGAGGCGGGAGUUGCUUACGAUGUUCAAAACAACAAGUGUACCAAGAGGGCAGUUCCUAAAAAAAUGCGACGUGCGUGUGUACAAGAAAUGUUUAAGAUUGUCGAAACUACACACUUUGGUGCUGAUUCAGAGAUGUUAGCUGUACAUACAUAUCAAUCCAGCUAUGGAAAUAGUACAAGCAGGUUCACAGUUACUGCAAAGAACUGUUAUUACAUCAGCUACGAAGCUUACGAUUCCCAAAGACCAUCAGAUAGACCACGUGGUGUAGUAUUUGGAAUCACACUAGGAAUUAAAAAUCCAUCAGUCUUUAGUGUUCCUGCUCUCUGUAAAAAGGCAGCUGAUCUGCAGGAUAUAGCAGAAUAUCAGGCAGGCAAAUUCCAUCCUUUUGUUUGA